AUGGACAGCCCGUACCACCGGGAGCUCCAGGCAGCCAUAGCGGUGGCUGAAAAGGCCGCAAGGAUUAGCCGCGAUGUCCUCGCGGCAGCUUCACAGGCGGCAGGCGCUAGGGAGGUUCCUUCCGAUGCGGCACUAAAGGUAGAAGGAGAAGGAAGCUUCGGCCUUGUCAAGGACGACUUGAGUCCAGUCACCGUUGCCGACUUUGCCAUCCAAGCUCUGUUGACACGCACUCUCCACAAUGCCUUUCCGGACGAUGGCUUCGUGGGCGAGGAAUCAGCCGAUGAGCUGAGAGAGAACCCCAAGCUCCUAGCCCGUAUCUCCGCCAUAUUUUCUUCCUCUUUCUCCGCUGCUUCCAAUUCCUCACCACUGUUCCACGACCCCACCGAUAUCUGCGACGCCAUCGAUUCCUGCGCCACGCUCACUCCUAGCGCCGCGGGUAGGUUCUGGGUGUUUGACCCCAUCGACGGCACUAAGACAUUCAUCCGCGGCCAGCAGUACGCCAUAAACAUUGCACUGAUCGAAGACGGGCGCCAGGUCCUCAGCGUCGUGGCCUGCCCGCUGUUAUCUGCGACCACCACGGCCGCCCCCGUUAACGAUGACAGCGUUGACUCGACCGGAAGGGGUGCCCUUCUCUAUGGCGUGCGUGGCCAUGGAGCUUAUGUCCGGCCGCUGUUUGCCGCGCCCGACGAAGCACAAUCCCGAAGAAUCCCCCGCCAUGCGGACGAUGCUGUAGGUCCUGAGGACCUCCGAUCCGUCACCUGUUGGGCUGCUCUCGACUCUGGCGUGGACGUGGUUCACAAGGGUGUUGCUGAACGGUUGAAUAUCGCAUUCCCUGGCUGUGAUCUGCUUGGUUGGGUUCCAAGAUGGGUUGUGAUGGCCCUGGGCGCUGCUAACACGACCGUCUGGGUGUAUAAAAGGAGAGACCGUUAUGCUAAGAUCUGGGACCAUGCUGGGGCUAUGUUGUUAUUUGAAGAGGUCGGGGGCCUGAUUACCGACGUACAUGGGAAAAAUAUCGAUUUGACGGUAGGCAGAAAGUUCUCGGUUAACUUUGGCUUCGUGGCGGCCCCAUCAAAACUCCAUGGUCUUGUGCUCCGGGCGGUACAGGAUACCCUCAAAAUAGCUGGGAAAGAGGAACUACUUCAGUAA